UCCUUGGCUUAAGGAUCCAGUCUGUAGCGGUAGGUGAGUGCACUACCUCGCUGGGACCCGCACGCUGCCUUUGGGUUGGAGCAUCCAGAAGGAAGUUCUUAUAAGGUGCUGGGAAUACCGGUGUGCCGGCUGGGGCUCGGUGCUGACAGGAAUCGAGACGAUCCUGGCUCUGGACUACAUAUCUCCAACUUCGUAGCACUCAGGUUAAUUCCUUACGGAAGUCGGCCUUGCCAGUGCGGAGUGGCUGUGCCCUUCUCCGCUGGUCGUCGGCCGGUUCACUUCGGUUCCUAGCGGCGGAGGCGUGGUGCUAUCAGCUGUGUUUCUCUGCGCCGCAGCCCUGCUCUCCUCUUAGGACUCUGCACAUCUCCAGGAGAGGAACCCAGAAAGUUGAUCAGUUCUGACAAUUCUCAAAACCAUGCCUCACUGGUUGGUAACUUUCAGGGAUGUGGCCAUCAACUUCUCUCAGGAGGAAUGGGAAUGCCUUGACCCCAUUCAGCGGGAUUUGUACAGGGAGGUCAUGGUGGAGAACUACAGCCACCUGAUCUCACUGGCUGGAUGUUCGAUCCCUAAGCCAGACGUGUUUUCCUUACUGGAGCGAGGGAAGGAGCCCUGGAUGGUGGUGAGAGCCAUGACAAGAUGGAGCUCAGACUUGGAAUACAGCUGUGAGACCAAAAAGUCAUGUCCAGAAAAGGGAACUUAUGAAAUGGAAUCACUGCAAUGGGAGAAUAUGAGGAAACCUAUCAGCCAUAACCUUGAGUGCAAUGAUCUUGGAGAAAAUACAGAGUGCAAAGGCAAGUUUGAGGAUCAACAGAGAAGUCAGGAAAGACCAUACAUGCACAUGAAAAUUACCUGUAAAGAAGAGGCCACUCAAAGCCAUUCCAUGUCCCCUAUUCUUCAUCAGAUAAAUCCUACCAAGGAAAAAUUGUACAAAUGUAAGGAAUGUAAACAAGCUUUCAGCUACUUGUCAUGCCUUAUUCAACAUGAGAAAAGUCAUAAUAAAGAAAAACACUCUGACGUUAAGAAAUGUAGGAAGAUCUCCAGCAAAAAGCCAACCUAUAUUCAACAUCAGAGGAUUCAGAAUGGUGAGAAACCUUAUGAGUGUAUGGAAUGUGGAAAGGCCUUUGGUCGUAGUUCUGAUCUGAUUCAACAUCAGAAAAUUCAUACUAAUGAAAAACCUUAUCACUGUAAAGCAUGUGGGAAGGCCUUUAUUCGUGGUUCACAACUCACUGAACAUCAGAGAGUUCAUACAGGAGAGAAACCAUAUGAAUGUAAGAAAUGUGGAAAAGCCUUUAGUUAUUGUUCACAAUAUACACUCCAUCAGAGAAUUCAUAGUGGUGAAAAACCUUAUGAAUGUAAGGAAUGUGGGAAGGCCUUUAUUCUUGGCUCUCAGCUUACUUACCAUCAGAGAAUUCAUAGUGGUGAGAAACCCUAUGAGUGUAAGGAAUGUGGAAAGGCUUUUAUUCUUGGUUCACACCUUACUUAUCAUCAAAGAGUUCAUACUGGUGAAAAGCCUUACAGAUGUAAAGAAUGUGGGAAGGCCUUUUUAUGUGCCUCCCAACUUAAUGAACAUCAGAGAAUUCACACAGGUGAGAAACCAUAUGAAUGUAAAGAAUGUGGAAAGGCCUUUUCUCGUGGCUCACAACUUACUUAUCAUCUGAGAGUUCAUACAGGUGAGAGACCCUAUAAAUGCAAAGAAUGUGGGAAAGCCUUUAUUUCUAAUUCUAAUCUUACUCAACAUCAGAGAAUUCAUACAGGUGAGAAACCUUACAAAUGUAAGGAAUGUGGAAAGGCCUUUAUUUGUGGCAAACAACUUAGUGAACAUCAGAGAAUUCAUACAGGUGAGAAACCCUUUGAAUGUAAGGAAUGUGGAAAGACCUUUAUUCGUGGUGCAUAUCUUACUCAACAUGAGAAAAUUCAUGGUGAGAAGCAUUAUGAAUGUAAGGAAUGUGGGAAGACCUUUUUUCGUACCACACAACUUACCUAUCAUCAGAGAAUUCAUACAGGUGAAAAACCCUACAAAUGUAAGGAAUGUGACAAAGCUUUUAUUUAUGGCUCACAACUUAGUGAACACCAGAGAAUUCAUAGAGGUGAAAAACCCUAUGAAUGUAAGCAAUGUGGGAAGGCCUUUAUUCGUGGCUCACACCUUACUGAACAUCUAAGAACUCAUAAUGGUGAGAAACCCUAUGAAUGUAAGGAAUGUGGGAAGGCCUUUAGUCGUGGCUCAGAACUUACUCUACAUCAAAGGAUCCAUACUGGUGAGCAACCCUAUGCAUGCAUCCAGUGUGGUAAAGACUUUAGACGUCAUUCACAACUUAUUCAACAUACGAGGCUUCAUAAUUGAGAAAGCUUUAUAUAUGAUUUAAUAUAAGAAAGCCUUCACCCAUCUUCAGCAGCUCUGGAAUAUUAGAGAACUCAUAUUAUGUUUGUAAUGAAUA